AUGAAAAUCUAUAAGUACUUGGUAUUUUUGAUGAUCUCAUCAAUUGAAAUGAGAUAUAUUAGUCAAUAUUGUGUUUGCAGGCAUGUGGACAAUAAGGAUGAAUGUUAGAGAUCUUAGAUCUGUAUUUGGAACGGAGAAAAUUGUAUUUUAAGAUCAGGUGAAACUUAUAUUCAAUAGGUGGGUUAAUAAGAUGGAGAUUAGUGUUACAAGUAUAUACAGGAAGAUUGCAUAUAAAUGGAUAUGUGUGGAUUUUAUUUGGGGGAGUGCAUAAGGUUUACAGAGUGUAGUUUAUUUUAAAAAAAUUAAUGUUAAGAAUCUUCACUAAAAUGCGUUUCCGACGGAUUAAAAUGUAUAGAGAAGAGAGUGUGUAUGGAUUAUGACACAGAGGUAGGGUGUCAAAAUAAAAAUGUGAAUGGAAAUUAUUGUUUUUGGGAUGUAAAUGCAAAUCCGAGAUGCCAAGAUGCACAGCAAUGCACUUAACUGCCCUAGUAUUUAAUGAGUGAUUAUGAUUGCAGAAGUGCAAUGUAAUAAUGUACAGUAAAUGAUUUGGGGUUGGGAUGUGAGGAGGGAAAAAACAAAUGUGAACAAUACACUUUCGAAAACUAAUGCUAUUUUACAUAUAAUAAAAAAACUGAGUGCUUUUGGGAAGAUGAAUUAUAAUUGUGUUUUACUAAGAAUUGUGAAAAUAAGCGAUUAAAGACCUAUGCUGAAUGCAAUUCUUACAUGUCGAAGUGUACUACAAAUGGUGUUCAUUGUAUUGACAAAAAGGAAUGCAAAAAUAUUGGGAGUGCAAUAGGAUGUGUUUUGGACAUCAAUAAUAAGAAAUGUGUUUAUCACAAUGGACAAUGUCAGGAGAAGAGUUGUAUAACAGCACCCUAGUCAUACAAUAACUAUGAAUAAUGUUAAUCUUAUGACCAAUUGCUGGAUUGUGUGAGUGCAUAAAAUGGAGGAUGUAAAGAUAGACCAAUAUAAUGUUAGGAUUAUUGUUAAGAGCUCGAUUGCAAAUCAGUAGACAUUUAAGAUUGUAUAUGGUUUGAGAAUAAAUGUGACAAGAGAUAGUGUUUUCAUGCUCCCAAGAGUUUUAACCAUAAUUAAUGUAAAGAAUAUGGAACAUGCAUGGGGACACUUUUGGGGAGUUGUCAAUAGAGACCCUAAUCUUGUCAGGAUAUCAACGAUUAAUAGUUCUGUGAUAUUACAUAUGAUGAAUCUCGAUGUAUUUGGAUAAAUGGCCAAUGCAAUUAAUUGGUGUGCUCUAAUUUGAAAUUACCUAAAUAUGAUAAUCAUCAGAAAUGUCAAGAUGCCAGCAGAUUUUGCACAUUUAACAUAGAGAUAGGGGGAUGCAUAGAUUACAUCUGUACAAACAUUACUGAUGUUACUGCUUGUACUAUUGAUUCUCUAGAUCAAGUUUGUAAUUUGAAUGAUGGUUGCAUUGCCAAAAAAUGUAAAUUAGCCCCCAGUUAUUACGAUACAAAUGAAUAAUGUGAAAGUUGGGUAAAAACAUGCACUGUUAACAUCUAUGAAUAUGAUAACAAUUUUCUAAAAUUCGGAUGCGCUGACAAACCAUCUGAAUGCUCAAUAGCAAAAUAAGAUUAAUGCUAUUCGACCUAUUCUGGUUUUCAUUGUAAGUGGUAAUCAAACUAAUGCUUCAAUUAAUAAUGCGUUGAUGCAGACAGCUCUCACACAACUAAUGCAAGUUGUUUACAAUUCAAAGUUAUUUCAAAAACAUGUAUUAUAAAUAGUACUAAUAACGGAUGCGUUGAUUGGCCUAGUGCUUGUUCUUAGAUGUUGUCAUAAACCCAAUGUGAACUUGGUUUGCAAGAUUCUACUGUUUGUAUAUGGUCUUCUAACGCAUGUCGUCAAAUCGACUGCAUAGAUGCUCCAAUUGCUUCGUAUAUAAACAAUCUACAAUGUCACAGUUUCCUAAGCAAUUGCAUUGUAACAUCUUCAUACUCAGGAUGCAUGAUUAGGCCAACUAAUCUAGUGUGUUCCCAAUCUCCAAAAAAUGAAAUGUAUGACACCCAUUAAGAAUGUCAAGCUUGGAAUCCAAAUUGUACAAUCUCAGAUUAAAAUAUCCCUGCCUGUUAAUAGAAAUUAGCUUUAUGUUCAAAUUACGUAACCAAAAAUCAAUGUAAAUCAGUAUUAGAUAAUUUAUAUCCGAAUACUAAGCCAGAAUCUUAUUGCUUUUGGGAUUAUGAAACAUCUACAUGUCAAAGUGCACUUCAGUUUGAUUCUGGUAUUAAUACUAAUACUUUUUAAUGUGGUCGGCAUAAAAUGGGUGAAUUAACUCACAGUUCGUGUGAAAAUUUUAUGAAGAUUUGCACAAUCAAUAAUAUCAGUAAAUUUUGUGUCGACCUUUCAGAGGAUUGCACCAUCUACACAAUAGAGUAGGCCUGUAAGUUAAAUAAGUAUCAAUAACCUUGCUAUUGGGAUAAGGCAUAAAGUAAAUGUCAGAAUUUAUUGUGCUCUGAGAACACUAUUGCUUAAACAGAGGCAGCAUGUUUCCAAUAUAAAAAUCGAUAUCUAUGCCAACUCAUAUAUAAUGAAGAUGGCAUAGCUCAAACAGGUUGCGAAGAUAGACCUACAACCUGCUCUGAUGUAAAAUAUUAAUAGAUUUGUAAUAAAACCAUAACAACUGUCAAUUAGAGAUGUUAUUAUUAUAACAAUAAAUGCAAUACAAUAACUGAUGCAAGUUAGUGUAAAUUAAUCACUGAAGCUUCUAGCGAUGAAGAGUGCCAAUUUUAUUUUUCUUUAUGCUUAUUGCAAUUGAGUGGUACGGGUUGUUACAGUGUAGAUUAAUGUAGUAAUCUUGUAAACACGAAUUGCAAUUCUGCGGUUCUUUACAAAAAUGAAAAGUGCCUUUAUUAUGGUAACGAAUGCAGACGUAAUCGAUUUUGCCAUCAUCUCUUCCCUUCUCAAAGUAGUUGUAAUAAUGUGAAAACAAGCCUUGGUAUUUUAUGCAGCUAUCAAUAUGUUGGAUCUGAACUUAAAUGUGUGGCUUAAGAAUGUGUAUUAAGUAAUUUAGCAGGCAGCGUCUCAGAUAAAUAUGAUGUAUGUCACAAUUAUUCUUCCAUUUGCACUUAUGAUAUCACCACUGAUUUGACAACCAAAUCGUGUGUAAACAUUAUAAAUUGUAGUGAUCUCACAACUUAGGGUAUGAUCAAUUACAAGUGGUGUAAUGAUUCAAUGACCACAUCCUUAUAAAAAUGUGGAUUCAAUUUUGCUACUCUUACCUGUGAGAAUAGGCAGUGUGUUCAUAUGAAAUCUGCUAAUGUUGGACCUUUAAAUGAUCAAGCCUGCUAUGAUUGGAAUAACAAUUGCGUUUUUGAUGGUACUAAUUGUAAAUCCUUUGAUAAUGUAGAUUGUACUUAAAUAAAAUUAAAGCACUAGUGUUUACAAUAUUCGUAAUGUUCAUUAUAAUAAAACAAUUGUGUUAGCAUUGCAAAUUGUGAACUGAAUACAACUGCAGUUUCCCUGUAUGAAUGCUAAUUAAUGAACAAAAUUUGUAUUCUAGAUUAUAGAAGUGGAUAAGGUUGUAAAUACUAAAAGUGCGAUUACAUUUCUAAUAUGGCAAUAUGUAAUUCUGCUCACACAAGUGAUGGAAUGGACUGUAAAUGGAGUGGUGGCUCUUGUGUUCCUAAAUCUUGUAAUUUAUUCACAAUUCAACUGGAUUGUCAAGCCAAGUAUGGAGUCUUGAUAGUUAAUUCAAAAAAUAUCAGUAUGAAGUGUUAUUGGUGUAGUGGAUCUUGUUCGGAAAACAAUCCUUGUGAUCCUACAAUUAAUCCAGCUCUAGUUAAGCAUGAAGACUGUCACAAUUAGAAUGUUCAUAAAACUGUAUCUUAUUCAAAUGGUCCAAUUUGUAAAUUAAAGGAGAUCCAUUGCUAGGAUUAUUCAUUUCAAGCUUCAUGUGUGGUAGCACUAAAUGGUUACAAAUGUGCAUGGAAUCUUUUUGGUUUAGGUUGUAUAGAUUAUUGCAUGUCAAUACCAAAUACACCAAUGGAUAAUGCAGAAUGCCAAACAUUUGAUAGCACGUGCAUGUAGGCUACGGUGGAUGGAAUAUCAAUAUGUAUUCAUGUUGUUUGUUCCACUUUAAGUGCAACCGAUUGCGCAUUAUAUAUAGAUAUUUGUACAUUGAAUGCCUCAGAUAACUGUGUUGACGUUACUACUUGCAGUGUGCAUAAACCUACUUUGUGCAAUAUAAGCAAAGAUAUCUAAGGGUAUCCUUGUUCAGAUUUAAGUGGAAUCUGUACAAGGUAGAGCAAUCUUGAAAACUGUGAAUCAUAGCUAAGUUCAGAUAAUCAUUAAUCUUGUGAAUCCCUUUUUUUAAGUGGAAUAUGCACAGUAAAUAGUAGAUAUCCUAAUUGCACAGAUCUACCAACUAGUUGCAGUUUGGCAACAUAGAAGCAAUGUUAUAUGGACAAUAUCAGAAAUAGAUGCUAUUGGAAAUCAACGACAAAUCAAUGCAUUUAAAUACUAAAUUGUUUAGAUUUAGGGAUUGAAAACGAUUCCCAUGCCAAAUGUUAAUCUUAUUUGUCCGAUUGUACUGUGAAUUCCCUAAAGAACGGUUGCAUUCAUUUAGUUGAUUGCAAUUUGUAUACAAUUAAGGAAUAAUGUUAUUUUGAUAGUUUAAAAAUACAAUGCGAGUGGAUCCAAACAUAAAAUAAAUGCAGCUAUAAAACAUGUAUUACGGCAUAAUUAUAGAGGUAUUCAUCAGGAGCAUGUCAAUUGUAUUUUGAUUUAACUUGUUCAGUAAAUGAUAAUUUAACAGAAUGCGAAUUGGCAAAGGCCCAAUGUCUAGGUUAUAAUGAAUUGCAAUGUAGAAGUGAUGGACAACACAAUGCUAAUGGUACUGAAUGUUUUUGGAAUACCGAGAGAGUAUAGUGUGUAGAGAAGACAUGUGAGAAUGGCCCUAAAUUUGCUUUGUCUAAUAAGGAAUGCGAGGGAUAUAUGUAGAAUUGUUAAAAAGGUGGAUGCAGAUUAAGAAUUUGCACUGAUUACUAUUAUGCAAUUGAUUCUGCUUGUGCUUCUAUAUUUCCAGACAAAAGUUGUACUACAAAUGGUUAUCAAUGUAUCAGGAGAAGUACUUGUGAAGAAGUAUUGAUUAAGGAUGGGUGUACAUUUGAUAAGUUUUUCAAAGAGUGUGUGUGGAUAAUAAAUGAUUGUGUUACGAAAACAUGCAACACAGCUACAACUAACUUAACAACUCAUUAACAAUGUUAAGAGUACUUAUCAUCUUGUACUACUAAGAGGGGGGGAGGAUGUGUAGAGAUAACUGAGUGUUAAUAUUUUUCAAUUAAGGAGGCUUGUUAGAGUGAUAAGUAUAAUUAGGGAUGCUUUUGGGAUGAUUAGUUACAAAUUUGUUUUACUGAUGUGUGUGAAGGGUUUUGCGGAGAUGGAAUCAUCACUAAUUCGGAUGAAGUAUGUGAUGAUGGCAAUUAUCUUCCUUAUGAUGGAUGCUAUAAGUGUUAGAUCUAGUGUUCAUUAGGGUGUUUAUAGUGUGAGGGUAAAUUAUGCUAAGUCUGCGAUUCCUAUGGAUGGAAACUGGCUGAUGGACAAUGUAAAUCCAUUUGUGGAGAUGGUAUUAUAGUAGGCAAAGAAUAUUGUGAUGAUGGUAAUCUCGUAGAAUUUGAUGGCUGUUAUAACUGCGAAUAUUCAUGUGAUUCUCAUUGCCUGAAGUGUUUCCAAGGAGAAUGCAUCUAAUGUCCUAAUGGAUUGUAUGAAAAUUAAUCAUAUUGUUAAAAUAAAUGCGGUGAUGGUAUCUUUGCCUCUUCUUAUGAACAAUGUGAAGAUGCCAACACUGAUAAUAAUGAUGGAUGCAAUUCUAAUUGCGAAAUUGAAAAAUUCUGGAAGUGCUAUUUUGUGGACUCCUUGAGUGUUUGCAUUUACAAUAUCAGUCCAACCAUCAAAUUGACCACUCCUCUCAAUAGUUAUGGAUAGAGCUAAGAAAUCAUUCUUACUUUCAGUGAAGAUGUCAGAUUGAAUUCGACUUCCAUCACUGAAGAGAUAUUUAUGCAACUCAUUCAAAUUUCCAUCUCCAAUCUCUAAGAUUCAGAUUACACUUAUGAAAUAAUUCCCAUCCUGAGCAUUGAUUAUACUUUGCAACCUGUCUCCUACAAGAUUAAACUCAAUUUCUACAAAUCUGUUGUCGGACCCAUAUUAAUAGUCAAGAUCUAUUGCGAUCAACUAGUUAAUCAAUAUGAGAAUCAAUUAGCAUCUAAUUAAUAAACUAUCAUCUUGAAGGAUCCAUUUACAUUAUCCUCAACUCAAAAGAUGGUGGCUGCCAAUGCUGCAUUAUUCAAUGAAAUUGUAAUCUAUACUUUGAUUACUGUUGCUUGUGUUGCUUUCAUAAGUGGUAAUCUAGAAAUCUUUUGGAAUCUUAUAGAUACCUUAUAACAAUUAUCUUAUAUGAAAUAUUUGAAUCUGAAAUUUCCUUAAAAUUUAUCUAUUUACUUUGAAGUUUUCUCCCUUGUUACUAUUUAACCAAUAACUGAUAGAAUUAAAUUGAGUGGAUUCAUCGAAGAAAUGUUUCAAUACAAUUCUCCCUUCAUACCUGCCUUUGGAAGAUUUGAAGUGUUCUCUAUCAAUUGCUACUUUGGAAUCAAUCUGGAAUCCUUCAUCAUUAUCCUAGUUCUUGGAUUCACCAAUUACGUUAUCGUUUACUUCUUAUAACUGCUACUUACUUCACUCAAAUAUUACAAUUGGCCCAUCGUAUUCGAUCAAAGAUACGUCGAAACAAUCACCAAAAUAAUCAAAGCUAUGCAUUUCAUUCAAAAAAUCUGCAAAUCCUAUUACUAAUACUUCUUUUACUCAGGACUCGUCAGAAUAUACCUAUCCAACUUCUACGAUUUAAUGUUCUCCGCUCUUCUGCAAGUGGCGAAUUUCUAAACGUAUGACUCCAUCACUGAAACUAGCUCACUUCUUGCACUUAUCGUACUCAUUUUCAAUUUUGCUCUCAUGUUCCAAUUGUACUCCUACUUGAGUACAGUAAAGAAUUUAUCGAGACGAUUCUCCAUUUUCUUUGAAGGACUUGAAAUCAAAGGAAACUAUUGGAAUAGGCAAUUCACCACACUAGUCUUGAUUAAAAAGACCUUUUUCAUUGCCAAUUUAGUCCUAUUGCAAACACUUCCCCCUGUUCAACCAAUAUUAACCUCUUUGAUUUCAGGCUUUUAUUCAGUCUAUGUCUAUAGAAUGCGACCAUUUGCAAACCAAUUUGAAAACUACAAAAUUAUUAUCACCGAAUGUUUGAUAUCAGCCAUAGCUAUCCUAUUUUCAGUUUCAGAAUCACUCCUAUUAUUCUCCCAAAUAGAAUAUGUAUCCUUAUUAGGAUGGGUGGAAAUUGCAGGAUUCUCAACCAUCCUAUUGGCUUGUUUAUUUAUAGAUUUCUAUUAACAAUUGGGAAAACCAGCCAGAUAAAUAUUUGAUAUAUUAAAGAAAUGCGGUACUAAAACUACUUUGGAUCACUCCAACUCUACUAAUUCUAUACUCAAAGAAGGAGUUAUAUAAUUUUAUUGA